GGGGCAAGCGCCCUUUCUGUCUCAGCCCUUUGCUGGCCUUUGCUUUUCUUUCUUUUGGUAGAAUUAUAAAUGCGUUUAUGCAUCUGUUGGAUCCAAAAGCAGUGCCCUGGGAGACAGUGUUUGUCUGCAUUUUCUGGAAAGUUCAGUCUGAGCAUGUGAAUGUGACUCAGUUCAUGAGAGUGUGUGAGGGGUGGGGGAAGUCAAGGCCUUACUCUCCAGGCCAAGAAGUCCAUCCCCUUUCUUCCUUUGAAGGUGAUGGUGAGAACCCCACCCUCCUCAUCCCCAAACCUGGAGGUCAGUUCUUUUAAAAUGCAGUAUAAAGCCAGGCAUGGUGAUCCAGGGCUGUAAUCCCACCCCUGGGGAGCUGAGGAAGUGGCAAGUCACAGUUCUAGACCAGCCUGGUCAACAUAGAAGUCUUGUCUCAGGAUAAUCAAAAUCAAACGUGGGUACCAGGAUGGCUCUCCAGCUGCGUGGAGUCAGCUCAGCUGGUGGCCCAGGCCAGCUUCACAGCUGUAUGCCCUUUCUUCCCCUCCAGCACAUUGACCCCAAUGCCCCACGCCCCUGCCAGGGGCAAUUUUAGGAUUUCUGAACACACCAUCUUGUAAUUUUUUACGUGUCCUAAUUUUCAUAGUGAGUCUAUGAAGCAGGUUUGCGGCUGGCUGUUCUUGAACCAGGAAAGGACAGCGCGUCCCUCACAUCCGUCCCUCCCAUGGCAGGAUAAUGUCUGCUGCUGCCAAGCAGGAACUGCAUUGCCUCUCUGUCAGGAGUUUCUGCAGGCUGCGUCAGUGCUAGAAGCAGAUGGAGUGGGGUAAAAUGUCGGCUCCAGGACCUUACCAGGCGGCUGCAGGCCCUUCUGCAAUGCCCACUGCACCCCCAACCUACGAAGAGACAGUGGGUGUCAACAGCUACUACCCAGUGCCCCCAGCACCUGUUCCGGGGCCGGCCACAGGGCUCAUCACAGGCCCAGAUGGGAAGGGCAUGAAUCCACCUUCGUACUACACCCAGCCCGUGCCUGUCCCCAAUGCCAACGCAAUUGCCGUACAGACUGUGUAUGUGCAGCAGCCCGUCUCCUUUUAUGACCGCCCUGUCCAGAUGUGCUGUCCGUCCUGCAGCAAGAUGAUCGUGACCCAGCUGUCCUACAACGCCGGCGCCCUCACCUGGCUGUCCUGUGGCAGUCUGUGUCUGCUGGGGUGCAUCGCUGGCUGCUGCUUCAUCCCAUUCUGUGUAGACGCCCUGCAAGACGUGGACCAUUACUGCCCCAACUGCAAGGCGCUCCUGGGCACCUACAAGCGCUUGUAGGACUUGGCUAGCCAGCCAUAGGGGAAAUGGUAGAUCCAUGCUACCGGAAGUCACCUGACCCUUGCCCAGCUCACCCAGAAGAGGCUCCUUCCUUGAUUUCAUCUCUUCAUGGGCUCCAUCUUCGUGUCUUUUGGGGGUGGAAAAGGUCAAAAAAGUAACCAACCUCCAAACCCCAGAAACUGCUGCUUGGAGUUGUGCCCUGCAAAGACAUGGACCUUGAUGUUUCAAGGGCUUACAGCCUGCCCAAGUCACCCCCACUAACUGUGAUUGUUACCCCAUUUACCUCACCACUGAUUUGCCAUUGGCUGGCUCCUCUUCCUUCUCAGCGGGCCUUCCUGGUGACAGUCUCAAACCCGGAAGCCAGUUUGCCUUAUUCACUGUUGGCCUGAUCUUGUCUGUCUCCCCAUCCCUGAUGGCAGAGACCCCGCCUUAAAGACUCUGUGGUUCUGUAAUUGUAGACUUCUCUGGCACUCAGAAUCACUUUAAUUUCAUAGGUUUUUGUUUUGUUUUUCAAGUGCACAGAAGGGUUGCCAACACCCACCAGACACAUACAGAGAAGGUCACAAGUACAAAAUAAAAACAACAGUCAGGCUGGGUUUAAUCACACCCGUCCUGUCUUAGCCUUGCUCCUGUGGGGUGGGGGUGGGGGUCUUCUUCCUCACAGUUUCUGUGAGCUCCUUUUGUUCUUAAAACACACGUGGAAGUCACUUGGUAGGGAGACAUUUCUACAAUAACUUUUGUGAUCAUAAUACAGCCUUCAUUUUUUCAUUUGCUGGUGUGAUUUUAGUUGGUUUUGUUUUAGUUUUUGAUAUGCACUCUGGCUUUGUUGCCCAGCCCAGCCUUGAACUCCUGGGUUCAAGUCCAUCCUUCAGUCUUCGCCUCUCAAGUGCCCAGGGCUCUGGGCUUGUGCCGCUGCACCUACUGGGCUUUUUUUUUUUUUUUUUUUUUU